ACCAGGCCACAUGAUUCACAUUACUGGGGUCUAAGAACAGAAACAAGACAUUAUAAUCUUUCUUUGCUGUGUGUUGGUCCUCUGUCAUUGAUCUGCCAAGAUGUUACUCCUUCUUGUGGUUUCUUUACUGGUCACCAGCAGCAUAGCAGAGACUGGCCUCCCCAGACUGACUGACAUCUCUGCAGCAGAAACCUUUAUCGACUCAGCUGAAGUUGUCAUCAUUGGGUUCUUUGAGGCUGAUGAAGGGCAUGGCUAUAAGGAGUUCCUAGCUGCUGUUGAAGAGAUGAAGUCCCUACCAGCUGCCCUGUGCAGUGAGAAGGAGGUGUGGGCUAAAUACAACAUCGACUCAGACACCAUCUCCGUCUUCAGAAAGGCAGAUUUGCACCAGGAGAACCUAAACCCAGCAAAAGUGGAAACGUUAGACAAAGACAAAAUCUUUAGUUUCUUCACCAUCAGCAACAUCCGCUAUAUCACAGAGUACAAUCAAGUGUCUGCUGUGGGUCUGUUUCAGUCCAAAGUGAAGGUGCAUGUCGUGCUCUUUGUCAACAGGGGGAGUGAUAAUUACAACGAGCUGAAGGAGCGGCUUGGGGCUUUGGCUCCUCGCUACACUGGAAAGAUGCUGUUUGUGCUAAUAAAUGGGAAAGAUCCGGGCAACUCUCGCGCACUGGGUUACUUCAACCUGAAAUCGAGUGACCUUCCUCGUGUGGGGAUCUACGAUGCUGGCUCUGACAAAACCUGGCUCAUGGAGUCAGGUGACAUCUCUACUGAACGUGUGCAGAGCUUCUGCGACUCCUUCCUCAGUGGAGAGCAACAGAAGAAGACUGGUGAAGCUGAAGUAAAGACUGAACUCUGAAUGUCACCGAACACACCUUCAAUAAAACCGUUUACAACAUGGUCAGAGGCUUUCCCAGGAGACUUGGGGCACAAGAAGAAUCUACCCCAAAUUUCAUUUGUAAACAUGCUGCCUGGGUGGUACUUUACCAGUGUCCUUACCUGAUUGUCCAAAUAAAAGUCAAGAACAAAUCCAAAAUC